ACAUAAACCUUUAUGGGGCAGAUAAAGUAGAGAGCCCCUACCAUGUCCCUUUAGCCUGUGCUAUAUGCAUGCAUGAUCACAUACACGUGUGAUAUUUAUAUUGUCAUAUGCCAUGGAAUCAAUCAACUACGUGGCUAAACUCAAUGAGUUUGUGCAGAAAAGUGGUCUCGAGUUGAAAUACGACGACGUGGGUUCCGAAGGUCUUGCUCAUAUUAAAACGUUUACUCAAAGGGUGAUAUUAAACGGCAAAACAUACCCAGAGGGCGUUGGAAAAAACAAGAAGGAGGCCCGGCAAAAUGCAGCCAAACACGCUUUAGAGAGCGAUUUAGGGACGGACUCAGACCACUCCCAUGUCUCGGGACGGUCCGUCAGGGACACUACAGAGACAAUUAGUCCGCCAAAGCUCACCCAACCCAACUACACCUGCUGGCUCAAUGAGCACAGUCAGAAGAACCGGGUUCCCAUAAGGGCACUGGAGUCCACCGCGAUGGAACUGGGCUACGCUAAACCAUGUUGCAAGUUUGUGCUUGACGGUACGGAGUACCCGUCUGGCUCUGGGAGAACGAAGAAGGAUGCAAAGGAGGAAGCAGCCAGGCUUGCAUAUGAGGAGAUAUGUAGAAAUGCACCAUCAAAUACCGUAGAUCAGAGUGGCAGUGUUGAGCCAUCGAGUCCUCAAAAAAAUGAAUUGAAUCAAGACAUGUCAGAGGCAAUUGGUUCACCUGCAAAUAUGGAGGUGAGCCUCGGAGAGCUUUCUGGCUUGAGUGAGCCUGAAUACAUAGGAUUGCUCAACCAGCAUUGUCAGAAGAACUCGUGCCACGUGGACUUUUCAUUGGUGAGAAGAUGUGGUCCCGCACACUGCCCUCAGUUUUUCUACAGGGUGGUUAUUGACGGUAGGGAGUACCCUGAAGUCGAGGGGAAGACUGCAAAGGAGGCCAAAAAAAGGGCAGCAAAGGAGGCCUGGUCUGUGCUCCAAGAGUCGUCAGACUGGGACAGCAAGGCAUCUGGGAAGUCCGCAAAAUCAGAAGAGAAUGGCACAUCUAAUAAAGCAACAUCAGAAGUGGCUACCUCUUCAUCAGAUAGCUGGAUUCAGAUCAAAGAACCUUCCAAGGAAGAAAAAUUGGGUGGCAAGAAUAAAAUUAAACUUGCAGCAAUCUUCAACAAUGCCCCAAAAGAACCAACAUCAACAAGUCCAACUACUUCUAGGUUCUUAAAAGAUUACGACCAUAUCGAGCGAAUUGGGAAGGGGGGCUUUGGUCAAGUUUACAAGGCCAGGUCGAAACUCUUGGACAAGUAUUUCGCGGUCAAGAUAGUGACCUAUGAAGAGAAAGCUCUGCGCGAGGCAAGAGUCUUAGCAGAGCUACAGCAAUCUAAUAUCGUUCGAUAUUUCACCUCCUGGAUUGAGGAUUCGCACUACAAGCCUCCCAAAGGUGAAGAUUCCAGCACUUCCCAGUCAAGCAGCGAUACAUCCGGGACUUUCCUGUACAUCGAAAUGGAGCUGUGUGAAAUGAAGAAUCUUGAGGCGUGGAUAAUUGAGAAGAACUCAUUGCAUCAGGAUCCCACUCGGGGGGAGGAGAGUUUAGACAUCAUGAAGAAGAUAAUAUGUGGUGUGGAAUACAUCCACUCCAAGAAUCUAGUCCACAGAGACCUAAAGCCUUGCAACAUUAUGGUUGGAUCGGAUGGAGAGGUGAAGAUCGUGGAUUUUGGUCUGGUGACGGCAGAGAGGGACGAGGAAGGCAUUGUGAUGGAGAAGACGAUGCACACGGGCACUGAGUCGUUUAUGGCCCCUGAACAAAGUAACAAAAACGUAUACGACCAAAAGGUGGAUAUAUUUGCGUCGGGCUUGGUAUAUUUCUUGAUGCUGUGGAAUAUGUCCGGUCAGGAAAGGAAGAAAAUGUUGUGCGGCAUCAAAAAACAAAUAUUUCCAGAAGAAUUUUCACGGUUAUUUCCUGAAGAGCAAGAUCUAAUUGCAUCGAUGCUACAUAAAAAUCCCAAAUCCCGACCCUCUGCUGAGAAGAUAAAGGCUAAGCUGGAGGGGUCGGAUCGUUCUACAGGGAGUCCGAGAACGAUCUGACCCAAGUGAACGGACGAGGUGAAGGAGGUGUUGGGACCAAUGACCAUCUAACAUUUUUAAUCUAUUGUUAAAGGGGACCUAUUAUGCUUUUUCGACUUUUAUGACCUAUAAACGUUGUUAUAAUGAUUGAUAGUCAUGUUUAAUCAGGGAGUACGUCGAAAUGCAUGUACGUCAUUAUUUGACACUUUAGUAUGGUUAAACAUGACUAUCAAUCAUUAUAACGUUUAUAGGUCAUAAAAGUCGAAAAAGCAUAAUAGGUCCCCUUUAACAUGCACUUUGUCACUGCAGCCACGACUUCUGUUGAGGAAGGUAUUAAAUCGCUGAAGUUAGACAACGUUUCGCCUCAUUGGGUUUCCAUCCCAACCCAAGGCCCCUCCCAGUCUCUGACCCCCAGGGUUGGUUGAUGACACCUUAUCUCUGCCCUCAGGCCCCUCCCUGGCAGAUCCCUUUCUCGCACUGCACUAUUGAUCACUGUUUUCAUAACUACAGUAAUUAUGACUCGUGUGGCGAAACGUCGGGAAGAAAAUAACGGUAGCCAUAUGGUUAAUACGUUUGAAAUGAAAUAAAAUCAUGAAUUCACAAUAUGCCUUUGUUAACCCAUGUCUGUGAUGGUGUAAUAAAGCGGUUUUACUUAAAUUUAUUGU